CGACGGUUUUCCGCCUCCAGGUCUUAUCGUCAGCGCAGAACGGAUGGAAAGCUGGGGGAACACUUAUUGAUUUGCGAUUCCUCCCUAGACAAGAUUCCAGGCGCGUUCUCGUGCGCAAUGGGUAUGCUGAGCUAGUGAACAUCCCAUCCCCCUUCUUUGGCCCUAAUGACAGAGAAUAACCCCUCCCCCGAUUACUCCCGUCCGCAGUUUCCCUCCCAUAAUGAGCCGCGAGUCUGGGUAAUUACAGCGGGGGAUUCACCCAUUGGGAUUUCGGUUACUCGUCGCAUCCUUGCGCAUGGAGACUAUGCCCUCGUUGGUCUGGCAUAUUCGAGCCUCGACCGAGAUGAGUGCCGCCGCGAUGGGUUUGAAGCCUUUAUGGCUGAAAUCGAAAGCCAUCGUGAUGAUGGAUGGGUAGAGCGAUUUAAAGCCGUUCCGUUCGAUAUAAGGCUGAUUGGUGAAUGUCAAGCAGUAGUUGCUGAAGCAGUUGCGACAUUUGGGAGGAUGGAUAUCCUGUUCUGCUGUACCAGUCAAGCUCUUGUUGGCACAGUGGAGGAACUCGCAGCAUCCCAGCAAACCUUGAACCUCGUCCGGGAUCAGUUUGAGAUGAAUUAUUUCGGCCCUCUCAACAUCGUUAAGGCAUCAUUACCUCACAUGAGAGGACAGAAGUCGGGGCAUAUCAUGAUUCUCUCCGGAAUUACCGCUCAUAUCGGCACACCAGGGCUCGGGAUGUAUUGUGCUGCCGGUUGGGCUCUUGAGGGCUUUUGCGAUAGUCUCGCUUACGAAAUUGCCCCAUUCAACGUCAAACUCACCAUCUUUCAAUGCAGCAUUGAAAUUCCCAUCCUCACCAACCUAGUCACAAGUGUACCUCCGAUAGUUCCUACAUACUCAGCGGGAAGAAACCCAGCACCGCUUUUUCGCGGAAUCCUCAAUCGACUCGUGCCUCAGUUACCAAAUACACCAGAUGCCAACUGGACAAAUGGUCCCCAGAAUCCGAGCCCACCCAGUUCUGUGGAAGAAGGGCCGUUUUCGGUUCCGGAUGUCGUUUCAACCUACCCUCCACUCAGUUCGGCACACAUGGAAGUCUUGGUCUCAGAGACCGUCUACGCCAUUACUGCAAUCGGCGGACACGAAAAUCCCCCAUCUCGCCAUAUUGUAGGGCAGGAGGGUGUCGCAAGCGUAAAAGAAAAGCUAAAAACUGUGAGUGAGGAAUUGGAAGAUUUCAUUCAAUCGAGUUUUGCGGUCGACUAUGCCGCUGAUGCAGACCCCAACCGAGCAUCACGAGAUGAAAAUGCGAUGGCUGGGUCAAACAAUGACGGACUCUAAUAUGUACAAUGUAAUAAUGUAAUGAAUUAGUUUUCGGAUGAUGGAAAGGGACAGAACGAAAUAAAUCCUGCCCAAGACUCGUU